CGAUUUCUUCAUCAUUCGGAACAGUUCUAAUUCUUGCGUUAGGAUUGUGUACACGUUGUUGGGAAUAUGGCUGAUGUAACGAAUGUUUUUAAAGCCACAGUAAAGGCUUUGCGAUCGAGAAAGAAAUUUACUGGAGAUGUUCAACAUAAAUCUCAAACAUUUACUAAUAUUUUACCAUCAUCAAAGCACAAGGGAGAUUUUGAAAGGAAAAGCAAAGAAGUAGUCAGUAGUAUUUCAAAGUUGAAAGAUUUCUUGAUGGAACACAGGAAAGCUUAUGUCAGCACUGGCAGCCACCUCAGUGCAGAAACCUCCAGCAUGACGGAUACAGAACGAGACCAGAUUGAUGAAGAGGCUGAGAAAGUGAUACACAUGUGCCAGGAAUCAGUAGCUCUCAUCAAGAACUUAAAUGCCAGAGUUCAACCUCAGGUUAAGGAGCACCGGUCGUCAGCCAUCAGACUUGUAGAAGAUUACCUUAAAGUGGUUUGUAAAAUCUAUAGUGAACAGAGAGCAGUAAGGGUGAAAAGAGUGGUGGAUAGAAAAAGAUUGUCAAAGCUAGAACCUGACAAGUUAGUGAAAGAGAAACGACACAAAAAGCAGCCCUCUCCCACAGAAAACGCUAAUAAUUCCAGUGAGGAGGAUCAAUUAAAUCAAGAAGGUGAGAUAUCACCAAAAAAGUCGAGAGAUCUGGUAAUGGAGGAAAGCAUGGAAGAGGAGGAGGUAUCACCAGAGGAAGCACAAAUGUUUGAGAGAGAAAAUGCUGCAUUAUUUGAAGAGAUGUCCAGCGUGUCUCAGGAAGUGGGUCAAAUAGAGGGUAAAGUGAUGGAAAUUGCCAAGCUUCAAGAAAUCUUCACAGAGAAAGUUUUAGAACAGGAGAAGGAUAUAGACAGAAUUGAGCAGGUUGUUGUUGGCUCCACAGAAAAUGUUAAAGAGGGCAACGAAGAAAUCAGACAGGCUAUGAAGAAUAGUGCUGGCUUCCGUGUUUACAUUUUAUUUUUCCUACUUCUGCUGACCCUAUCCUUACUCUUUUUGGACUGGUACAACAGCUAACAAAGGGAGAUAACUCAUUGGCACUCAAGCAAGUGAAGGGAGACAACUUGUACCAUCCAAGUGUGUUUGAUGGAUUACAGCAAAAUACAUACGUGUAUACACCAAUUUGGGAAUGUGCAAUUUGACUAGUUAUUGCCUGUAUGAUUUAUUUAUAUACAACAGCUUUCAGACUGUGUAUGUUACACAAUCUGAUGUUGAAUAUCCAUGUACUAUAAUGAUAACGCUCAGUUAUGUACAUUAGCGGCAGUAGUAUGUUCUUAAGUACCGAGGUUUUUUUUUCAUUUUUCAAGAACACAUUGCACUGGAAAGUCUCAAAUGUUUUUCUUGAUUAUUAAAAAUACAGACAAAU